GGGCCGAGUUGCCUGCGCGGGCGAGAGGCGUAACGGUUCGCCAUCUUAGUUUACUGUGAGCUCGAUCCCGCUGUGAUAUCGCCGUUUUUCCGCGACAUCUUAGCUCAUAGCGAGGCGGAAAUUAUAGUUAAUGAUCAGUUACAUACUCAACUCUUUCAUGGUGACGGAGAAUUUGUGAUAAGCCGUUUUGUUUUUCUCGUUUCAGUGGUUUUACUAGGCGAACUCCCAUUUGUUUACCUUUUUUUGACAAAUUCUGACCCGUGAAGGAUGGGGAACAGGGACGACGAGUAUGACUAUUUAUUCAAAGUUGUGUUAAUUGGAGAUUCGGGUGUUGGUAAAAGUAACCUAUUAUCCCGGUUUACAAGGAAUGAAUUCAAUCUGGAAUCCAAAUCCACCAUUGGUGUUGAGUUUGCAACACGUAGCAUAGAGGUGGAUGGAAAAACAAUAAAGGCACAGAUCUGGGAUACCGCAGGCCAAGAGCGGUAUCGAGCCAUCACAUCAGCUUACUAUAGGGGUGCUGUGGGUGCUUUACUGGUAUAUGAUAUUGCCAAGCUACUCACUUACACUAAUGUAGAACGUUGGCUGAAAGAGCUCAGAGAUCAUGCAGAUCAGAAUAUUGUCAUCAUGCUUGUAGGUAACAAAUCUGACUUGCGUCACCUGCGGUCAGUUCCCACAGAAGAGGCCAAGGCAUUUGCAGAAAAGGAGGGACUGUCCUUCAUUGAGACCUCGGCUCUUGACUCCACUAAUGUAGAGACGGCCUUCCAUAACAUUCUUACAGAAAUCUACCGCAUCGUGUCGAGGCAGCAACUCCCCGAAAGUGGUACCAUGGAGCCCCCAGGCGGCAACUCCUUCACCGUGGAGCCCACCGAACCGCCAAGUGGAUCCUCCUCCAACAACUGCUGCGCCCGCUAACCCUCUCAUCUCUCCAUCUCUGCCCACAAACCCCUAGCUCCGUUCCAUCUGUUCCCAUUGCCACCACCACCACCUCCCUCUCCUACACCACCUGUAUUAAGUUUAUAUAUAUAUAUCUUCACGCAUAAACACACAUACACAUACAUACUCACACAUACACAUACACACACAUACGCACACACACAUACGCACACACAUACACACACUCAUCACUCAAGACAGUCACAGGUUUGGUGGAUGACAGUGAUUGGUGGCAGGGGUUUUAAGGUUGAUUUUGAGGACAUGGAAAUACUGUUAGCUCACCCUUAAUGCAUUCUCUGUUUGUCCUGUUCUCCACCAAUCUACUACAUAAUCAGCAAUCUCUGCUGCUCCGGCCCAAUGCUCCCAGGGUUUGCAUUAGCAUGAAUGUGCUAAGAAGUAAUAUCAUAGUCUGCCAAGGGAGAAUUGGUAAUAAGGACAUGUGUGAUUGAUAAGAAUAUGUAUUUACUCUUUCACUACAACAAUUUUUUUUUUUUUCUUUAUUUUUAUUUAUUUUUUUUUCUUUCUUCUUUUCUUUUUGUCCUGUUGAGAAAAAUAGGACUAAAAACAUAUGAAGUAGGUUUGCCAUAUCUCUGUUUUUUGUGCAGAUGAACAUAAUGUGCACAUAGAAGUAUGGAUUGCUGUAUCAUUGUUACUAUAUUCAUUAUACUUUUUUCCAUUUUUCCUAGAGGUACCUUGACUUGUUAUUUGUAAAUUGUUUGAUAGGAAGGUAUUAAGGCUGCAAAACAACAAUUAUGUUAUCAGUUGGGGACGAACCAUUAAAAACUACUCGUAUUCACCUUCAUUUAUUUUUGUCAUCAUUAUUAUUUAGUUUUGUAUUUGGCCACUUUUUAUAUUUUUUCAAUUGCAAGCACCAACACACCUAUACCAUGUAUUGUACUAUGAUAUGCAGAAAGCUUUUUUGCUUUCAGUCUAGCCGUCUUAAGAUGUUCGUAGUUCUGAAGUGAAGAAAUGUGUCUUAAUUCCAUUUUUAAGGGACACUUCCCACCUUAAAUUUCACUGGGUCGUCCUUUAGAGAAAAAAAAAGAAAAAAAAAAAGAUUGUAAAGUUUACCUCAGCCUGUCAGAUGUUUCUCAUUUUGAAGCCACGAAACCAUAUUCAUAUCAUAUAAACUGGUUGAAAGACACUUUAACAGAGAAAGAACUUUAUUGGCUGCCUUAUCUCCCUGUCAGUGAUACCCAGUAGUGAUUAUUGCAUUAUGAAGUGUGAGAUGUGAUUGAUUGGUGUGAAAAAUACACCUCAUAUUAGCUUUAGGAUAAGUAGGAUUUCUUUUUUUUUCCAUUUAACUUGGGGGGUAGAUCCUUGUUGGUCCCUAAGUUUGGCAGGUGAACACCAGUGGGAGAGUAUUACUCUUUAUCAUUAUUAUUGUCGUCUUGUUGUUAUUGUAUUUAUUAUUUUUUUAUAGAUUUUGAUGACUUCUUUAUUUUUUGUCUUUUCUACAUCUGAACUAUAUUUUGAGUUGCUACAGCAUGUUUUAAAAGUAUAUUUGAAGUAGUUGAUUUGGUAAGAAGAGAGUAUUUUAGCAGCCUGCAGAGUCUUGCUGGGGUUUUAUGUACUACAAUGUUUGCCAAAUAUUUAGUUUGUCAAAUUUAUUAUAUAUUAAAUCUCGGUUUCUUGCCACUAAGGCAUGCUUUCUUGUACCUUGUGAAAAGCUUUUUUUUAUACUCUUUUUAUGAAUUCAACUCCAUGCAUAUAUAUUUUUUUUUAUCAUUGGUUGAUUGUAUCUAAAUAUUUGCUGAAUAUAAAGCUUUUUGUGCAGAAUGUGUAAUCUAUGGGUGGGUAGGAAAAUGUAUAAUCAAGUGAGUUAACCAAAGUGCUGCUCUCAGUCUGGCGAGCAUGGCACAGGGUCACCUUGCAAGUUGAGGGAAUAUGUUACUGAAUAUACAAUUUCCCAAUGCACCCUUUACCAUGCAUGUGGACACAUGAUGACAUCCAGGUAUGUUUAGAACUACCCACCAUCCACUGGGAAUAGCAGUGUACAGGAUUUCAUGGCUUUAUAGUGUAGUCCUCAGAUGUAUGGAGGAUCAUUCAACACUCAUCAGGUGAAAGUGCUGUGGUACUAACCCUUGCAAACACGUUCAAAUUUUGCUCUAUGGGAUUUUGCAAACCAAGUAACAUCAUGGUGGCAAGGGAUCUUUCUGAAUUUGAAGCAAAGUCAAAGAUACUAUCAUUACUGAUAUUUUUUAUUUGUUUAUUAUUAAAUGCAUUAAUAGAGUUUCCUAAGGAAAUUUUUUUUAGUAAUAGGCAUUGCAUAUGUUAGUGAAGAAGUAAGGGUGUGUAGACUUUAAAAAAUCCACUUUUCACUGAGCAGAGCAAUUCUUAAUAAUAAAUAAACCAAUAAAUAACGAGUUCUACCAUAUUCUAAACCAGUUGACAGUGAUUGACAGUGAUCUCAACUAAGAUAAAUGAUGGAUUUAAUAUCUAGCUUACUCUGUGAGUGUUAUAUAGCUGAAUGCAUAUGAAGGUUGUUUAUAAAUUUUCCUUUAAACAUUAUUAUGGGACAGGAGUUAACUUGCAAAGUGUCUGACUGUAAGAAAAAGUAAAAAAAAACAAAAACAUUAGUGGGGAAUAGAUCAGAAAGGUCUGUUUUAUUUCUUUUAAGAAGACAAUCUCGGUGAUUAAUGGUGGUACUGAACGUGGACCAGAAAUUUUCCUCUUAGUUGAGAUGAAUGUCAGUGUAGUGAAAGCCGUUGACAGCAUUUGGCAGUGGAAGUAGAUGUGUUGAUGUCUUUCCUGUUGUAAGGGGUGCUUUUCUGAGAGGAGAUAUAGGAUGCCUCUUGAGUUCUAUCUGUAGUCUGUUUCCUAUGGGUUAAUAUAAUUAUAAUAAUAAUUUUGAAUAAGUUGUAUAUGUGCUUGUUAAUUUUUUUUCUAUCUUUCCUUGGUGAUUCAAACCCAAAUUGCUUAUAUGAUUCAAGGUAAACAAUUAAGAGCCACAUAAUGAAUGUCUGAGGCACAAGGUCUCAAUGAGAUAGAAGUGAGUCAGCUGAGGUCUUCUAUGUAGCUUAAAAUGUUUUAUCUUGUUUCAUAUAAAUGUGAUUGACAUGUCAAGUGUAGCCCUGGUUUCACGCUUGCAUAGGAAAUUUUGUAAAGCAAUGUAAAGAAGCACAUUAUUUGCAAUAAAACAUGCUAAAUAUUUACAAACUUUA